UUCCAGAGUCCCACUCAAAGAAGUUAUUCAGAUCGUAGUUUGGUAGUAAUGGGGACGCUAUCUCUCUGUCUGUGCACACAUAUUAAAGACAUACACAUAUAUAAAGUUAGAUUCAUUAACACAUACGAAUGAUACAGUUAUGUACACUAUACCUUGCUUAAAGAAGGAAAUUCUGAUUAGUAUGGAAAUAAUUACCAUAUGAUUACUCGUGUCUGUAACUAUGUGUGUAUGUUGUAUAGAUGUGCGUCGUUGUUUAAACGACUAGUUAAUUAUUACUACACUAAAAGUACUGUUUUCACCUCAGUCAAAAUAGUUGCCGAUCUACUCUUAGGCAUAAACAGAUCAAAGCAAAAAAGUCGGUAUAAAAAUUCUUUCCCCUCAAUUAACCAUGUACCAAAUGGCUCUGGACAAAUUAGGCUGUAUGCAAAUGUCACAAGGCAACGCGUUCACUAUGAUGAGAUAAUUUUCGUCUUAUUGAUGUAUAUCACUUAAUUAAGAGCAGUUCCAGAUGUACCCUCAGUCAAUCCAUAAUAGAUUACCACCGACAGGGACGGCAGCCAUCUACUUCAGUUGUGACGACACCGCUUCGAGAGAUAACACUCUCUGAUGAGCUGCCCCUGGGGUGUUUUUACAACACCUAUUGUCUGUGUCCAUUGAAAUCCAGCGAAGCAAGGAAAGUAUCUAUCUGGUUUACUUCCUUAUCUGUCACAAUAAACAUGAAAGGUGAGUUGACUUAAUUAACUCUAACCCAGGAUGUACAGAGUAUUAGGAACAGCAAUCACUCUAGGCAGCAGAUUGGCUUAAUAACAGGAUUACCUGAACACUUAUAAUGCAGUGGACGAGACAGACAGGACACAUUUAAUUUCUGCCUUCAUUGGAAACUGGUGACUUUUCAUUCGCAUGUGUUGCCAUUCGUAUCAUUAUGGAUAUACCAUCUCAUCUCAGCCAACCCUUGAGUAUCGACACCAAUAUUUCAUACUCACUGGACCUUAGUAAGUUUCCGGGUUUAGAAGACCCACAACAUAAGAACCAACCGGCCCUUUUAAUCGCAUCGUGUCCUGUUGCUUCGUCUGUCACAUCUUCUGUGCUAUUAGAAGCCGAGGGAACAGGAGAUGUGAUCCCAAGUCCGACGCUGGAUAACACAGCGGAUGAUAUAUUGCAAGAUUUGCUGUCAAUCAUUGAAAAGCACGAGCCAGAGUACAAGGCCAACAUAACAGACUGCAAUUACGACAAAAUGACACGGGAGACUUCACCCCCCAACAACCAUCAAGUACGACGAACACAGCCUCACAGGUCACAACCAGAUCCUCCCUGCUUGACAAGUCGACCCAAGUCUCAAGCUCGGUACCAACACUCUACAGUAUUCCACUCAGAACAAGGCAGUGUAGAACAGAAGUGUCUGUCUAAAUACGCACUGGACGCAAUAUAUCAAAACCUCAUUUAUCCAGAAGUCAACCGAGGCCACGGGUUUACGUUAGACACUCUUGUUCAAAGUGUACGUCGGGAUGUGCAAGGUGACCGUGUCCAGACCUCCAGUAGUGGUCAGUUAGUGUUUGGAGACUACAUCACAAGACUGAAAUCAGUUACAGGAUGUGUAGGUAAAGAUGUGUCGCCAGGACAAAAUACCAGAAAUCAAAGGCCAGUGAAGAGGAAACGUUCACAUGAUGUGUCAUGUGACCACGAUACCCCCAAAAGAUCGAGAUGUGAUGGACAGUCAAAUGACGUCAGGGUUUAUUGUGCACCGGUGCAACCUUCGUUUCUGAACAAUGGGGGUUUUCUGGUAAACAGAAGGGUCCGGGAACUCAUGUGUUCAAUGUGACGAAGUCGCAUUCAUCCAUAAUGAAUUAAAUGUGAUUAUUUAUAUACCCGAGUGGUAAAUGUUAUUAACUUAACCACGUUGUUUUUGUUAUGCAAAUAAAACUAUAAACACAUUAGAAAAUGCACAGAUAUAUAUCUGUACUUUUGUUAUUUUUACCCCAAACGAUACAAAUAAAACCCGUACGCCACAGGGAGAAAGAAGUUAAUAAAACUGUCGUUUUUCUUUGUAUCUAGAGCAAUGCCUGUAACUACAAAUACUCUUUUCAAGUGGUCUGUCAUAUAUACAUCAUAAGGUCCUGUGAAGCUGAGUCCAUGAUGCGCAAAAUUUUGACAGUUCUGAAACUCUUCGCUCUAUUGACAAGGUAAUCACGCGACAUACAGACAACAGGCGGUGACAGGACGGGAAAACCACAUUUCAAAAAUGACUAUUGCCGGGAUUCACUAAGCAUGUUUUGACAGCAUAGCCGGGAGAGCCACAUUCCAUGUUCACUCAACCGUAACUAUUGCCGAGAGAGCCACAUCAAUUUAGGCUAUGUGUUUCAGAAAUGUGGCUCUCCCGGCCUGUAACCCAACAGGCAUGGUAGGGUUAUCCAGGCGAGGUCAUCCCAAGUGUCAAUAUUACAAAGUGUAUCACCAAAGGUAUGAAAAUAUCUCUUCAGAUUUGGUGUUGACAAAGAAGCGUCUGUAAAAUGGCAAAUAUUUUAACUGUUAACUGUUGUGAGAUUAAAUUUCUCUUGGACCUCAAAUAGAAGAAUCAUAGGAUGAUAAAUUGAGAUUCAAGUUUUCACGCAAAUGUCUACAUCUUUGUAAGCGUAAGUGUAAUGCAUAUGUAAGACCUGGUGAAUAACUACCGUUAUGCAAUAAUUGUGUCUCAUGGAAAAUGGGUGGUCAAGUGCGGCUA